AUGUCCACUUCCUCGCGUGUCGCCCUCCUCAACCCAAACAUUCGCCAUAUAGACAUUCACCACCACUACUUCCCUCCCGACCUAAAGAAAGAAAACGCCAAUGCCAACAUCGGCUGGAAGACCCCUCCUGAAAACCUGCCUUGGUCACCCGAGAUCAGUCUUCGAGCAAUGGAUGCGAUGAAGAUAGACUUUGCCAUCCUUUCAUUUCCCGCUCUGUCAAGCGGUUGCAUCAGUGACGAGAACCGGUUAACGGCGAGGAGGCGGAACGAGUUUGCUGCUAAGAUAUGUGGCACACAUCCUCACCGUUUCGGCUUUUUCGCCACUUUGCCGUUCUUGGAUGAUGUCGAAGGAUGUUUAGAAGAGCUAGCAUACGCCUUGGACGAGCUAGGCGCGUCUGGUGUCUCGGUUUCCUCAUGUUACGGUGAAGGAGCUUCAGCAAAAUACGUCGGGGACGAGUUAUACAUACCGAUUUGGGCUGAACUCCACAAGCGCAAAGCCGUUGUCUUCCUCCAUGGUAGUCAAAUAACUUCAAUGCCUUAUCCUCACCCAUUCCUCGGCAUUCCAAUAACAGAGGUCCCAAACGAAACCUUCAAAGCGGCCGCCUACCUCGUCGUUACAGGUCGCAAACGCCAAUUCCCCUCCGUCAAGAUCAUUCUCGCCCACCUCGGAGGUAGCACGCCAUUCCUCUCCUCGCGCGUUGCGGUCCUUUCGCACUACAUGGGGUGCGAACUGACCCCAGAUGAAAUCAUGGGCGACUUCAAGACGUUCUACUACGAGACAGCACUCAGUACCUCAGAACCAAACUUGGCUGCGAUGGAGCGCUGGCUGACAUUGGGUGGGACGUGGAUGAAGCGGUCAGCAAAGACAUAG